AGUUUGCCUCGGGAUAUGCGUCACGGACACACAGGCAGGCACACAGCGAGCUUGUCUUCUCCCCAUCCAACCAACCCCUCCUUGUAGUCUCCGUCUCCCUCCAUUCUUGUCCGGCACAGCUCCCGGGACCCGGCCUUCACCAGCAGUCUCGCCCGUCCCACGACGCGCUCUCGCUGACUCCGGCGGGAUCCUACUUCCGCGGAGGUGCCUGCCAUGGCAGCGGCGGAGGCGAAGCCCGUCCUGUACAGCGCCUGGAUCAGCUCCUGCUCCUACCGCGUCCGGAUCGUCCUCGCCCUCAAAGGUGUGGAUUAUGAGUACAGGGCUGUGACACGGACUGAUCAAGAUUAUGAGAAAAUCAAUCCAAUUAAGUAUGUCCCAGCACUACAAGAUGGCGACAUCUUGGUCUCUGACUCCCUUGCAAUCAUAUUGUAUCUUGAGGACAAAUAUCCCCAGCACCCUCUUUUGCCUCAAGACCUUAAGAAGAAAGCUCUUAAUCUGCAGAUUUCAAACAUUGUGUGCUCUAGCAUUCAACCGCUUCAGUGCUACGCUGUAGUUGGUUUAGUUGACGGCAAGUUAGGCUCAAAUGAGAGCCUUCAGAUAGUAAGUCAUUACAUUGACAAAGGAUUUCGAGCAAUUGAAAAACUCCUGGAAGGAUGUGACAGCAAAUUUGCUACUGGAGAUGAAGUCCAACUGGCGGAUGUGUUCCUUGCACCCCAGAUACACGCUGGCGUAACACGAUUCCAAACCGAUAUGUCGAAAUACCCGCAUCUGGCGAGAUUCUACGAAGCAUACAAGGAAAUCCCCGCGUUUCAUGAUGCGCGGCCUGAGAACCAGCCAGACGCCCCUUCGUCCUGACUCCUGAGCUCAGAAACCGCAGCUGUUUUCAGCUUCCAGUGUAUGCCAUGGAUGGAUGCUGGAGAAGCUUUCUCUUCUACAAGUGAAUUGAUUGAGCAAAUUGAUGUGAUUAGUCAAUCCCCUCCCUGGGAGGAAGAAAAAAGGAAUAUCACGCUUCAGUUGGUUUAUUUUUAUCAUUUUAUGUACACUCAUGGCAUUCUGCUCAUGUAAAUGAAAUUCUAGAGUCUAGACUGACGCUCUUGUGACCGGAGGAGUUUCUCUUCCGUUAUCUGAACAUAACUGAAUAAUAAGAUGCAAAUACAGACUCCA